AUGGCUCCACAGCGCAUUGUCCGUCCCGCGCGGUACCGCGCAGGGAAGGCGCCUACGUCCGCGCUGAGCGAUUCGUCAGACGAGGAUGUGCCUGUGCAAGAGCCCGUGAAGGAGUUGCUGACGUUGCCGAGUCAUACUGUCGUCCCGACACUGUCUGCCGGUGUCACCAUCCAACAGGGCGACGGCGCGAUUGCGCUCCCAAGCGGUGUGAAGCAGGACUCUGCACUGUCUGAUGUGAAUUUGAGCGAGUAUGAGACGGACUCGGGGGAAGAUGGAGAGGGAGAAACGACGCCAGCGCCCAGCACGCUGAAAUGGGCGCCCAUGCAAGAUGCACAGAAACCUGCGCAAGUGCCCACCGCGGAGACAUUACGGCACAGCACUGUAUCGCCGCCUCUUUCGUCCGAGUAUGCAUCGUCGUCCGAGUAUGAAUCGGACUCGAGCGAAGAGCGGCCGAUGCUCAAACCCGUCUUUGUCUCCAAACGCGACCGUACGUCGGGCAUGGCCCCCAAGGGCGAGAGCUCUUCGCGCACCCAAGUCGAUACAGAAGAGCGCAAGCAAGCUGCGCACCAGCUCGCCGCCGAGAGUAUCAUGCGUGAAAUGCGCGAGCAGCAACACGAGGAAGAGACGGUUGAUGUAGACGACACGGACGGCGUCGAUCCAGACGCCGAGUUUGCUGGGUGGCGGAUGCGGGAGCUUACACGGAUUCAGCGAGUACGCGACGAAGAGCGUGCCGCGCUGGAGGAGCAGGCCGAGCUUGCGCGGCGUCGUACCAUGCCCGAGGCGGAGCGCCUCCAGGAAGACUUGGCGCGCGCCCGCAAAACGCGCGAAGAGAAGCACAAAGGCAAUAUGGGAUUCAUGCAGAAGUACUAUCACAAGGGCGCAUUUUUCCAGGACAUGGAUGUUCUCCAGCGCGACUACUCGCAGCACACACAGGACGCGGUGGACAAGGCUGCCCUCCCAAAAAUCAUGCAGGUGCGCGACUAUGGCAAACGCAGCCGGAGCAAAUGGACGCACCUUGCAGCGGAAGAUACCACACGACAAGACGCGCCAGACUUGCGCGCAGAAGGCGCCCGGCGCGGCAAGCAUGCAUAG